AAGCAAAUAACGCUAACAAAAAGAUUGGGAUCAGGAGCUUUUGGAGAAGUUUUUGAAGGAAAUGUCAAAGAUAUAAUAAAUGAAAAAGUUGAAUAUUGUGUUGCGUUGAAAUCAUUAAAUGGAUGUACCAGUCAAUAUGUGCUAGAAGAAUUUUUAAAAGAAGCAAAAAUAAUGAAUAAUUUAAAACAUAAAAAUAUUUUGAGAGUUUUUGGAGUAUGUUUAGAUAAUGAACCUAAUUUUAUUAUUAUGGAACUUAUGAAAGAAGGUGAUUUAUUGAGUUAUUUAAGAAAAACCAGACCAACCCAAAUAUUGAAUCGUAUGGACUAUAUGAGAAUGUGUAUCGAUGUAGCCGAAGGAUGCUCAUACCUUAAAAAUAUGCACCUUGUACACCGAGAUCUUGCAGCACGUAAUUGCCUGGUAUCGUCUUCCGACCCUAAAGAGCAAGUUAUAAAAAUUGGUGAUUUUGGAUUGGCAAGAAAAAUGUAUGCACAUUAUUACCGAAAAGAAGGAGAAGCUUUACUGCCUGUUCGGUGGAUGUCACCAGAAUCACUGGUGGAUGGUGUCUAUACCAGUCAAUCCGACGUUUGGGCCUUUGGUGUCUUGUUAUGGGAAAUUAUGUCCCAAGGUCAUCAACCUUAUCCAGGACUAUCUAAUAUAAAUGCCAUGUAUUAUGUUCAACAUGGCGGAAGGCUUGAAAAACCAAUAAAUUGUCCAAAAACUUUAUAUAAUUUGAUGAAAAAAUGUUGGCAUGUCCAGCCAGAAAAAAGGCCUACAUUUGAAUUUUGUUUAAAAUUCUUAAAAUCAUAUUAUAUGGUUUUAGAAUACAUUAAUAAGAGAGAUACAGAACUACAGAUUAUUCCUGAAUAUUUAAAUUUAUAAUAUUACUAUCAAUGUUACAACACAAAUUCAACCAAAGAAAUGUUAAAUUUUUUUUUA